CAAGGCUGUAAUUCAGCCAUUUAGGAGCUCUUGAAGGUAGAGCUCUUACUUUUUCCAUCUUUCUAACUCCAGUGCUUUUGUCGGUCCUGAUGACAAACUUCGAGGUAACUUCCAUUGCCGCAAAUUGGGCAACUGAAAUCCAAUAUGGCGAUGAUACUUACAGAGACAAAGACACGCCGCUCGCAAAGAGGCCACGCCGGUCAUGACGUCAUAUCAUGUCAAAGCGAAACAACAUGGCGGAUCCUUUGUAUUGUAUUUGUAGGCAACCGUACGAUGAGUCGCAAUUUAUGAUCCAGUGUGAUUCUUGCGAAGAAUGGUACCAUGGAAGCUGCGUGGGAAUCGAAGAGUACCAGGCGUCGGACAUAGAACGGUAUCAUUGCCCGGAGUGUGCGUUACUACACGGUCCGUUGACACUAAAGAAACGAAGAAACUGGCAUCGACAUGACUACAGUGAAAUAGAUGACGGAUCUAAGGCUGUCCAAGCAGGGACAGUUGCAUUUAUCAAAGAACUGAAAACUAGAAAAUUCAAAGAUAACAAUGUUAUCCUCAAGCUUGAAAAUGGCCUUGACUUGUCUCCAGAAACCUUUGAGACACGUGGUUUUAACAGACCUAUGCUUGUUACCAACAAGGAAGGUCUUGGAAUGAUUAUACCUGACAAGAGGUUUACUGUAAUGGAUGUCGAGAGACAUGUUGGUUCCAUGAGGGAGUUGGAUGUCAUUGAUGUGUGUAGACAGGAGGAUCGUCGCAUGAGAAUGAGAGAAUGGACAGAGUACUACCUGAGUUCAGUCAAGAAGAAGAUUCUAAAUGUGAUUAGCUUGGAAUUCUCUAACACCAGCAUGUCUCAACUGGUUCAUGCUCCAGCUAUUGUGCGAGAUAUCGACUGGGCCAGUCACGUGUGGCCAACAGAUCUGCCUGAGGACAGUCCACACAAGAAGCCAUUGGUUCAAAAGUAUUGUCUGAUGGGUGUGAAGAAUUCCUACACUGACUUCCAUGUUGACUUUGGUGGCUCCUCUGUUUGGUAUCAUGUCUUGAAGGGCGAGAAAGUGUUCUACUUUGUUGAACCAACUGAGGAAAACUUUAGCCAAUAUGAAAAGUGGGUUUCAUCUGCGCGACAGAGUGAGGUGUUCUUUGGUGAUAUGGUCAAGAACUGCUACAAGUGUCCUGUGAAGCCAGGACAAACUAUGUUCAUUCCAACAGGAUGGAUUCAUGCAGUCUUCACUCCUGUUGAUUCACUGGUGUUUGGGGGAAACUUUCUUUGCACAUACAACGCUGAACUUCAACUGAGGGUUUAUAAGCUUGAACGGCAGCUGAAGACUCCUGAUAAGUUCCUUCAUCCAUGUUUUGAGACAAUAAACUGGUACGCUGCAGUGUAUUUACUGGAUAAACUUAAAGCUUUCCAUGAGUCUGGCAGGAAGCCACCCAACAGUUUAGUUCAAGGCUUGAACAGUCUUGUUGUAGAACUCAAGUUAUGGAGCAGUAAAGGAGAGGCAUUAACAAAGCAUCACAAGUUCUUUAUCCCCGAUAGUAUAUCACCGGGAAAAUUGCUCAAGUCUGUCGCCAAAGAACUGAAAAAGACUGAGAAGUCGGGCAAGUCGUCAAGACCUUCGACGCCUAAAAUUGAUGAAAACAAUCAAAGAGAGAGCGGAAGUCCUCUGGCUUCGGUACUGGCAGACGGAGCUCUACCGCGCCUUAAAAUCAAAGCACCAAAACCGGACAACUACAAUGCCUGCAGCCCUAAAAACACUACAGAACGUUUAAAAUGCGAGCUGGAUGAUAGCAAGCCUGUGAUUCGAAUUGCUAAUGCGGGGUUGGAUCUUAAACGAAAAGGUGAUGCUCUUUCCGCGAGUCUUCCCUCACUAAAGCUCAAGAUUCCGCGCACUCAGGAUGGGCAUGCGCGUGAGACGGAGCUGGGUGGAGGCAAAAUGCAGCUUAGUUCAUCAGCGGAUUCUAGUCUUAAGCUUGUUGUUUCCAAUGGCAAAAUUAUCAGUAACAACAAUCGUAGCAGUAGAAAGAUAACAGGAAAGAAGGGGUUCCAGCCACUGAUGUCACAAGACAUGACUGAACGAAGUGACGUUGGUGAUGGCUCGUAUUCCUGCUCUCCAUCUAAACAAGGACCUCUUCGGCUGAAACUGUCAAUGAACAACAUGUCAAACAAGAACCCUUCUUACUUGCCAGAGAGCAACAGCGAUACGUCGGAUAAUGAGCUCGACUUCAGUCUCGGAGGAACACCCAGCCUCAUCCCCGUGCAGUCGAGAACUACACAAGGGAGCAUGAGAACUACGUAUGGUCUCCAGGCCACAGGAUCAGACCCUCGGACGCAGCAGCCUGUGGCAGGGUUCGACUGGACCUCGUCAGCUGAUUUAAAGGAGGAAAUUGAAGCGGCCCAAACACUUUUAUUUGGUCUGAGCGCGGGCGCGGGUGUUAGUGCGCUUGGCUCCUCGUCUCUUCAGACUCUUCCCAGUACCACUCCAAAAUCAAGCGGUGCCCAGUCUUCUCCGUCUGGUAUGGCGCCCAGUACCUCUCAGUUGAACUCUAAGCGAGCUGCAAGCGAGAGUAAUUCUGAAGGAGGCAGUGACGAAGAAGAUCUUGGAUUCGGAGACUCGGACGUUUUCCACGACAAUAAAUACGUUUAUCCACCACUCGCCGAGAUGACGGACGAGGACAAAGCCAAUUCCUGGAAGCCUGGUCAGAGAAAGAAAAAAAGCGAAAAAGUCGAUUCAACUUGGAAUCCGAAAAGUAAACUUCUGUACUCUCCAUCACGGGAAUUCAGACCUGUUCGUCAGACAGCCAGACGAAACACCGCUGGCAGUUUACUGAACUCGCCACUCGAGGAAAGUGCGCCUACGGGAAUCUUCUCUACCGGUGGAGAUUUGAAAAGCAGUGACAAAGGAGGCUGUGGCGAAAGUAACGCAACGGCGCUUAACGGAAGUGAAUCGAUUCCAGUAACGAAUUCCGCGCCCAGUGCCUCAAAACCUGACAGUAACGUUAAAGGUAAGACUGAGUUUUGCCCUUGUUUAAAACCUAUAGCGAUAUUCUAUAAUAAAAAGACUGUUCUGUGCCAAAGAUUUCCUACACAUAAAAAGGAACAAAAGAAGGCAUCGUUUUCUCAUACUGGAAAAGGAGGAAGAACGAUUAUUACUGAAAAAUAUAGUUUUUGUCUCGAAGUGUGAAAGGGUUCAAAAAAGACUGUGUUCGUUACGGGAAAGGGAACGAAUGGGAACUUCAGAGAAAUAUGGUUUGAAAGGCUGAACUACAAGCGACAAUUCGAGAUUAAGACGCUAGAAUGGGAGAGCAGGUAAAGAGAGUUCUAAUGUAGGGAAUGGGUGGAGAGUCAUAUAUUACCGAGGGAGCCAGUCAAAUGC